GUGUAAGCGACCUCGGAGCCUCGCUAACCAAAACAAGAGAAGCGCCGCUCAAAUUUUCUCUCUUAAUUCCUUAAUUCUGUGAAAAUUCUGGAGUUUUAUCUGUCGGGGUAAUAUGAACCCGCUAACAAAUGUGAAGAACAUCCAAAAGCUGAAUCAAAGAGAACUGGAUCUUGGAGUUACCCUUAAAAACUCAUGGCAUCAGCAGUACCGUGACAGCGCUUGGGUCUUCCUCGGUGGUCUGAACUAUGAACUCACUGAGGGCGACAUAAUCUGUGUUUUUUCUCAGUAUGGAGAGAUUGUCAACAUUAACUUAGUGCGAGACAAGAAGACAGGAAAGAGUAAAGGCUUUGCCUUUUUAUGUUAUGAAGAUCAACGCUCCACCAUUCUUGCUGUGGAUAACCUAAAUGGCAUUAAACUGGCAAAUCGUACCAUCAGAGUGGAUCACGUUGAAGAGUACAAAGUGCCCAAAAUGACGGAGGAUAUGAUGCCAGAACAGCAAAAAUUGGCCAUGGAGGGUUGUGCUCCACAAGCUGCCCCAUUGACACCAGAAAAUCAUGAUGGGGAUUUACCAGUGAAGGAAGAAAAAUCUAUUAAAAAAGAAAAAGUAGAGAAAGUAAAAGUCAAGAAAGAAAAGAAAAAGAAGAAAAAGAAAAGGAAAAUCUCCUCCUCUUCAGGCAGUGUUUCUUCAUCUGAUGAUUCCGACGAUAACGAGGAGAAGAGGAAGAAAAAGAAGAAAAAGAAGAAGAAGAAGAAGAAAAGGAAGAAGGUAAGAGAGGUAUCAGAUUCCCAGAGCAGCAGUGAAGAUUCCAACCGGGAGGAAGAAGAACGGAAGGCAAAGAGAAGCAAGGAGAAGUCAGAUGAUGGAGUGGCGAUCAAGGAAGAAAAGCAAGAUCCAGGCUAUGAUAAAUAUGAGCACGGAAUUCAGGAAGAGGAGUAUAGGUUUAAGAGUAGAGAAGCAGAUAAAGGACCAGAGAGGUAUAGAGAGUUUCAGAGAGAGAGGGGACAAGAGAGAUAUCGAGAACAAGACAGACACAGAGAGACGGAGCGAUACAGAGAGCACGAAAGAUAUCGGGAUAACUUCAUGAGGGACAGUAGAGAGAGAGAGAGAAAACACGAUAGGUACAAAGAUAACGUCAAGAGGGAUGAUAGUUAUGGAUCGAGUUACCGGGACGACCGCGACAGGAUACGAGAACACAGUCACUGGGCCGGUGGAUCGGAUGGGCGGUACCGAGGCCGUGGUAGAGGACGGUACUUCGAUGGGGACAGAGGGCGUGGGAGAUUUUAUAAUGCUAACUUCAAUAGGCGAGGGAACUUUGGCCGAGGCAGGGGCGGGUUUAGAUUUAGAGGAAGAAGGUAGAAAAAAUGAUUUGUGUUCAUGCAGUGCAUAAAUAAAUAAUCAAGGAAAAAUAUAUACGUAUAUAUAAAAAAUAAUAUGCAUUUAAAUAACCCACAUUCAGCAGUACAGACUAAAGAUCCUGCUCAGGCUAUACUAAACUAGCUGGGAGGGAGCCCUAAGAAAACACUACAAACACACAAGAAAACACUACAAAACACUGCAAAAAAUUACAAAACACAAGGAAACAUUAAAUUAACAUUAAAAACACUUCAUAAACCCUACAAAAAUGCUGCGGACAUGUCAGGUACAUACAAAAGAAAAAACUAUAGCAAGCCUACUGACCCACACCAAGCAAGUCCUCACUCAUAUUUGUCCAGUCUAUUUUUUAAAGCUACCCAAACUGUUAGCCACACUGACUAUGCUAAACAAGUAUUUUUCCACAUUUUUUUAUAUCCAAGUAAAUUAAUCAUGAGGGAUAGACGAUCUAACAUUUGUGGUGGCCAUGGACUUACUUAUUUGUUGAUCAGUCAUCUUCCUUAGUAGUUGUCAGAGUUAAGACAAAACAUAUUCAUUAAAAGCUCUGUAUUCUUUUUCAUAUCAUUGAAUUCAAGAACAUUGUUAAUUGCUGAUUCUUUAAUUUCCCUCUGCUGUAUGUUGCUGCAUCUCAUCACUAUUUUAGUAUUAUUGAAAUUAGUGUUGAUUCUUGUAUUUAUUUAUUGAAGUACAGCAUUAUUAUUGUUUGCUUUGUAAGGAGUGUUGAUGUCCAAAGUCAUUUGUUCCCCAAUGUAACACUUUCCAGUCAUUUUAUGCAAUUUUGUUAAUGCCAGCAUUCAUCUGGGUUCACAUCAUUAUGAGAGAAAAAUUUAUUUGCAGUUUUAAAUCCAUGUAGGUAACGAGGAAUUUUUUGUUAUCUUUAGCUGCCAAAGCUGUAUGACCAGUGUGAGUUUAGCACUUUGUUUUGAUUAUAAUAACAAUUUAGCUGCCAAAGAGCUACCAACCUCUGGCCAAGAUUUAUAGUGGACCCUUGGCACUCAAACUUAAUUGGUUCCAGAAGGCUGUUUGUGUGUCGAUAUGUUCGAGUACAGAACAAAUUUUUCCCAACCAAUUUUCUUUUUGGUUGGCUGUUAUCACUAACCCUCUUAGGCCCCAUAGUCACUUGUUUAUACCAAUAAUAUAAAAAUAACACCAAAAAAUGUAAAGAAACAUGAAAUAGUUUACAGCGAAGUUCUUGCAGGUCGUGUUUGUUUGGUCCAGUGCCGAGCAAACGGUCGACUGCCAAGCAAUUUGUUUACUGGACAAAGCAUUCAAAUGCUGAAUUGUUAGAGUAUGGAGCUGUUCGAGUACCGAGGUUCCACUGUAUAUGCCUGUCAGCAUUGGCUGACCUGCAUGGUCAAACUGCUCUGUAAAUGUCACAAAAUUCCAUUUGUCCAUUGUGAAAGUAUUAGUACAUUAAGGAAACAAAUGAUUUUCAAGGUUGACUUUAUCACCAUAGUUUCUCUGAAUGCCUGUAUGCACAGGAAUCACUAAUAAUAAUGCUGUAAUGCUGUAUUUCGGUACAUAAAUACAGAGAAUCAUUAAGUUAAUUUUGGUGAUACCCCAACAUACAGUAGAGGAAUAUUGAGAGCGAUGAUAAUUAACAUAGUUGAUUUUAAGAAUGUUGACCCUCUAUUGAAUAUGUUUGUAUAUUUAAGGGAUGCCUCACAGCUAGUUUAGUAUCACCUAAGGAGGAUUUCUAGUUAGGUCAGAAAAGUUUCCAUUAUUUUUAUACUGUUGAUUGUGGGUUAUUCAGAUGUAUUACCCAUACGAUCAGUGUAUGGUUCACUAUACGUAUAUGUAUAUGUGUGUGUCUGCGUGUGCGUGUGUGUAUACAGUAUAUACAUGCAAUAAAGUGUGAAAUCCAAGAGUGUACUUCAGCUAGAAUGAGCAGAGUUGAUCAUGUACUUUCACAGAUGGCAUAGGGGAGUUUUGGAAAUGUUUGUCUUUUUGGCUCAUUCCUACAAGAAUACAAAUCAUAAUUAUAAUCCAUACACCUCCCUGUAAUAUUGAAGAUUGCAGAACUUGCCUGGAGUUUUAGAACUCGCUUGCUGUGGGUUGACUCCCCACCUGUUCUGUGGUUUGAUCGCAGAACUAAUUAUAAAAUUGCACAACAAAAUGUACGGAUGUUAAAACAAGCAAAUUUGUAUGUUGACAGACUACAUGAUGAAGGAAGUUUGGCAGCACGCCUCUUACUUGAUAUUUAUGUUGCUACAUUUAUCACUUCUAGGCCUUCCAAAAAUGUUUAGCAGUGCAGUAUUAAUUAUAAACAUCCACAUAUGCUGUAUGACCCUUGUGGGUUUAGCACAUCCCCAGGAGUGUAGUAAUAUAAAUGUGUACAUUAAAAAAAGGAAUAGAUUUUUUUUUAAUUUAUGUUUACCCUCCUUCCCUCAGAUGAGGAGAUACAUCACCUAUUUUCUCCCUUUUUUUUCGUUCCUGUAAUGCCAAAUUUUAUUUUUGUAUAGCUCCUCAUUUGAUAAUAAAUCCCUAUGAAACUUUCUUCUCUGCAUUAACAAUUGGAGUCAUCAGCAGCUAAGAAUUGUAAAGCUUUGUGUGUGUAUUAAAUGGUUCUAGACAUGCUGCAUAGUCCAAUGAUGUGGAGUGAACAGUAUCAAGGUGAAUAAGACAUGUGCCAUAUUUAGGUACAGUACAGUAUUUUUUGCCAAGAUGUUUCACCUGCACAGCAGACUUCUUCAGUCAGAUAGUCUUGGCAGAAUGUGCCUGAGUGUUGCACAUGACUUGUUCACCCACUUUGCCGGUAUUGUAUAGCAUUAAUUUAAUAGUACAGUAUCAGGGUGUAAUGCACACUUGUAAAUAAAACAUGAAUUUGUGUGCAGUUCAUGUUAAGCACUAAGCCUGAGUGGGUAGUUCAUGGAAAGGAGUUGUGGAGGCUUGGUCCAUUUCCCAGGAGAGACUUCCUAAUUGGACUCUCAGUGUGGGAAAGAAAAUAUUAGACUGCCAAGUAAUACUGCAUUGUGCUUGUCACAAAAGAAAAUAAAUUAUGAGGAGGGGGAGGAUUUGCCCCGUGUUUUCUUUCACAGUAGUACUUUGGAAAAAUAGACACAAUUGCAGUGUAUAAUGCGAUCCUUUAUUGACUAUGGCUUACUCACAGUCAGUAAGGGAUCGCAUUGUACUGCAUUUGUGUCUUUUUUUCCAUCGUGUCAGUAUUUUAUACCAUUUAUCUCCACAAUUAAUACAUUAAUGGAAGGAGACCUGCCAGGGUACCUCCUAUUGUACUCAUUUGCAGAUGUUCCCUCUUUAUUGCUCUGGUGAAAUUCAUGUAAUUCUAUCUAACCAUAAAUGCUCUUUGUACAGUACUUCACUCCUUGUCAUAAGUAUAGUCCAAUUCUUCACACACACCUCAAUUGCUCCAUGUUUUUUGUUUGCAAUAGAUAUAACAUGUUACCUGUAAAUUAUAAACAUCAACUUUAGUGUCCAUUGUCAACAAGCGCAUCCCCUUUGUAUACUCUUGUAAGCAGGCUUUGUAAGUACAACAUAGAACAGUG